AUGUUGGGUGUGGUUUUAAAAUUUCAAAAAGCAUUUGAGUUGUUCAAAAUCCAAGACAUUAAGUAUAGAGAUGAACUUACUAGAGGAGAAAAGUCAAAGGGUUUGCCUAUGCCUAGUGAUUGGGAGUAUGCUCGUUACUUGUUGCCUUUUUUGAAAAAUUUUUAUGAUGCUACUCUAUGUGUGUCAAGCUCACUUUUUGUUACCAAUAAUGCAUACAUGUGCGAGAUCUUUGCCAUUGGAAUGCAGAUUUCAACAUGCUGUAGAAGUAAUGAUGUUGUUUUAAGUACUAUAGCUGGGAGAAUGAAGGGAAAACAUGAUAAAUAUUGGUCAAAUAUUGACAACAUCAGCUUAAUGUUAUUCAUUGCAAUGGUGUUGGAUCCUAGAUUCAAGUUGGAAUAUACCAAUAUAUACAAGCUUAUUUAUGCUUCUCCUAGUGGGCAAUCUAGUCAACAAUCUCAACAAGCAAGUCAGAUUAAUGUUGAGGAUGUAAAUGUUGAUCCUAAAGAAUUAAUGUAUUCAUUUAGCACUGAGGGUUGUGUAUUAGAUCUAUUUCAUAGCUCCCUCACUCCUAAGACGGUGGAGGCUCUUAUUUGUACACAAGAUUGGAUUCGGGCUAAACGUGAACCAUUCAUGAUUGAGGAGAGCUUGGAAGAGAUAUCAGAGCUUGAGUCAGAAUUUGUUUCUUUGGCAAUGGAAAAUACUACUCGUGUUCAUCUUGAUGAUUGA